AUGGCAGCAGCUGCACCAGCCGGACAGGAAAGAGAAAUCCCAAAUUUAGAUUGGUAUUUGGGAUUGGAUGAAGAAGAUGACAUUGUAAUUGGAGACUUCAUUCAGCGACUAAUGAUGAAUCGUGAUCCACGGGAAAGAAUUCAAAUUCCACAUCCACGAGUUUUCGGGGAGCUCCCACGUACUGCUCCAAGACCUGCUCAACCUAUCACCAACCCUUUUGCACCAACUCCCCGUCAAAUCAGGUUGAGGCAGGAAGGGAAACCAGUAACCACGAGAAGAACGAUACCAACUCGACGAAGCUCUCGGAGGAUCUAA